AUGGUUCAGCCCUUACGUCAGGAGCUGCCGCCUGCUCGUGACUGCGGUGAAUCGGCUUCGCAGUCGGAAGACCGCAGAGAAUACCCCGAGGGCUACCCUAAACAAGUCGACAAGGGCCGAAAUGGCCUUCCAGUGGCGUCCAACGGAAGCCCUAAGACAUCAUCUGCUCACGACCAGGUGUCCAACUGUGAGCAGCUAGGCUCAGCAACCCUCGCCCCCAACAAGACCGGCCAGAGUCGUUGUCGUGGGCCGCGACGUAUUCUUGGGACUGCGACCGGCACCAGCAUUGGCGUUGGCGAGGACCGUCUUCUGGACCUGCCAGCCCAAAAAGCGCUGCUUGAACAUGGCAUACGAUGGACGCUGGCUUCUCAAACCACAACCGAUGGCGUUGCCCAGCUCGCCUAUACGGAUGUGGUCGAACAGCUCGAACGCAUCCGUGAUACCAGACGAGAAGAAGGUCUCCACCGUUGCCACCAAUACAUAAACCGUGGUCGGGUCAGCUUGCUCAAUGGCGUCCUAGGGGUUCCGUCAGUGCUGGCCUCCCAGCCGAGGGAUAACUGUGCUCUCACUGCACAACCUAGUUCGGCCGCUUGA